AGCACACAUUAUGCAGCCACGAUGUUUUUAAAACAAUAUCUUUUUAGGGAUAUACCUAAAUAAUACCUUGAUAAUUUCAGUCACAUAUCUUCAGGUAUGCCAGCAUGAUUCUCAAAAUCUACAUGGCUCCAUGAGAUUAAAUAACCGGCAGAUUUUAUUGAAGAAACCACAAGUUAUUGACUGGAUUCCAGUCUGGACCAUUCUAUAAAACGAAACAUUUAUUCUUUGAAAAAAGUAUCCGAUGCUUUAAAACAGUCUUUGGCAGGCUCUUGCUGGCUCUCCUCAUGAAGAUUGGCUCGAUUCAUAUUGAUCUUGAUGGAAACGGGCUUUCCAGUUUCUCCGAUAAAGAAACCUGGGCAUGAUGCUUCCACCACCACCACCACGCUUGACUGUAGGCAAGGUGUUUUGCACCAAACUUUGCUUCUAGGCCAAAUAGCUAGAUUUUAGUCUCGCAUGACUGCACAAUCUUAUUUUAACAACCUGGAAUGUUGCUGUGUUGGGUAAACUGAACUGACCUCAGUAUUUUCAGUCUUCAAAACGAGGAUAACUGAGAUUUGACUUUUAGGUUGUAAACCUGAGUCCUAUGUUUUGAUCUUGCACAAGUCAAUUAGUAGUAAUAUUACAAAUAUUAUAGGUGUGCCUCACCUGAAGCAUAAAAAUCUCAACUCGUCUUAUGUGACAAUAACAACCGAUUAUAGUUAAUGUAAAAAUAUCUAAAAGCGUAUGAAAGAAAACGAAUUUAAACUGCAGAGUAGACUACGUUAAGUAAUUAGUUGCUGGCACAACUCUCGUGAGAACACAUUGUUGCUAUUAAAAGAGUGAGUUGUUAAUAGGGUCUCGCGAGAUCUUUCGCGCCAGUGUUUCGUGGGAUGUGUACGUUUUCUCGCAAGUUAACGUUACUAAAUCUGUUUUUUUUUGUUUAACAGUCCUAGUAACGUACUACCCUGCUAUUUUCUUGGACCGGGUCUGCAUUAGGUAAGUCGCCUUGGUUAAGAGCGUCUGCCAAAUGCGUAAGUUUAAUGCAAAUAUAUACGUUCUUCGGUUAUAAUUACUGCGUUUUUGUAAAGAGUGACUGAAAAAGUAACAAAAAUACGUUCUCUGUUUGCUGUACAAUUUCUGCCAAUAAUUUCAAAAUAACAUGUUAAAUAUCACAAUCAAAUUUGAUGUGUUUUUGUUUGACACGUCGGAGGUGAGUUGUAAAAGGCGUGCGCUCAAUAUGACCGCUAGAUGGGGCUAUAGACUUACACAUUUACCACUUAAACGCUUAAUUUAUGUUUCUGCUCAUCAAACCUCAGGACGCUCUUAGCAUUUAUAUGGCUGAUAUUUCCUUCUCAUAUUAGAUUUCAUUACAUUUUACUGUAAUGUUUUUGAAAAUACCCUGAAAUGGAACAUUUCUUGUGAUCUGAUACAAUUUAAAUAGAAAAUUAACCUAAAAUCGCUUUCUUUUACUGGAAUACAUUGCUAGCUAAAAUGUAUUUUUCUCCAAUAACAGUAAACAUCAUUUUCCCAAGCAAAAUGAACCAUUGGGAGAUUAGAGGCUUGCUCGGUGUAGCUUCUGUUCCAUGCGCAAUUUAAUAAUAACAAACUAUAUUUGUGAAGUGUUCGUUUUGUGCAGAUGUUCUGAACCGAGCAAGAAAAUAUUGCUUUCGCCCUACAUAAUGUUGUGUGUGUGGACAAAUAUAUAGAUGAACUAGAUUAACAAAAUAAAUAUAGAAGUAACACACUGACUAGAUAUUAAAUAAUUGAUGCAGCAUGAUGGUAAACACUACAGAAUAAAAACACUAAGCAAUGUUUUCUUUCUUUAGCAACUUGUGAGUAAACAUGUGAUUUUAGGAAUGUUUCAAAGCUCAGAACACUACACACAUAAAUACAUAUUAACAUUUUGUGUCAUUGAUUUUGAAUGAGGUUAUAAGAUGAAGUAGUUUGGGGUAAAUCUGCAUAAAAUUGUUUGUCUGUAUUCAUACAAGAUGAUGGUACACACAAUCAUUAGGCUGGUGCAUGUUUCUAGAGGGGAUGUUUUACAGAUGUUUGUUUCUUCAUCCAUUUGAUCAAAGACACUUGACCGCAGCUGUGAAGUAUCCAUCAACUCUCAAAGUAAUGGAGGCCUGGUCCUGCUUCAUUUCACCAGCUGGUAGGUGUUGAUUGGACUUUUUUUGGGAACCGAGCAAAACACAGUUCAGCAAAAGCUGGUAAAGGCAUCAAAAGAUGGAUGAUUCGCCAGACAAACUGAGCGAAACCAGCUUUCACCACGAUCACAUGUAACAGAAACACAGACAUGAUUCAUUUCCGUCCCACGAUAUGCAGUUCGCUUACUGUUUCAAUGCGCGUUAUCAUGCAAAAUCACUUUUUGUCCCCGCAGAGGUACACACUUGCCAUUCCAGCACGACUGGAAAUCAAUCAAAAUGUAUCACUAUGAAUAUUCUUGGCAUUAUUGUGUUAGAAUUCACAGAUACGCAGGUCGGCUCUAAACGCAAUGUGCUUCUUUGUUAGAACUGCACCACACUGUGCUCCUGUAUGCUGCUGUGAGUGAGAUCUUCAUUAGAAACCUUGAGCCCUUCACCAGGAUCUGUGCCAGGUACUCGGUCUAACAGCCAAACAUGUUGAUAAUUAAACCCCUGUAAUCGAGAGGUGUUAUCACAACAAUUAACAGCAAAAAUGUGAGGGUAUGAGAGUGUGUCUCAGAAUGUGUCGCUUUGUAUUUAUUUCCAUUUUUAUUGGAAUCAAAAUAUUACGCAAUUAUGUUAAUCGUUAAAUAAUAAAAAUAAUAGACGGUUGAAUGUUUCACAAUGUAUAGCCAAAACAAGACGACAGUCAAAUCAGAAUAGAAAACACAAGACGAGCAAACAGAAAUGAAAGUCGACAGAAACAACUAUUAGCAAACAAAUGUUAUUUCUUUAGCAAUUUAAGUGUAAUUGUGUCGUGUAUUUUUGUUUAAGUGUAUAUUUUCCAGAUAAUCAAAACGUCUUGGGAGGAAAGGAGUGGAUCAUUCCACGGCAAGAAAACAUUUGUCUUCCGCUCUAUUUUUUCUACUGAAAGCACAUUUGUCUCUCUCCUACUUUCCCUAAUUCUCCAGACAUGUUCCACUCUUUCUCUUUCUCCUCUCUCCCUCCUUUUUUCCUCCCCAAAGUUGGCUGCCUCUGCCCUCGUUCCUAGGCAUCAGCCGAAGACCCAGCAAGGCCCCCAUACACAAUGAGCUUUAAUUGGGUUAAGUUUGUCCGCCACAGAUAACAUUUCUCUUUCUGUGGAGAAUAAAACAAAUUGCUGGCACUAAUGGCACUGUUUAAUGUAGCUCUUUUUAUUAUGGAUGGAGGAAAUUAGGAGGAGACUCCCAACAGAGCACCAAUGUCGUGGGAGUGAGUGCAUUGUUGCAGCUCAUCAGAAAAGCGUUUUUGCUGGAGCGCCGGCCUCCUUGCCUUCAUUGCUCAUCUUUCUCUCUCUCCCUCUUCACUUUCGACGCCUCUUUGAGUCACGGCCAUGACAACUACACUUAUAUGUGUUAUAUGGUACACCACACCGUUGCACAUUAUGCCAUGUGUGUCUGUUCCCUGUCCAUUUUUUGGUUUAAUGCCCUAAGUCCAUAAAGAUGGUGUUUCUUUGUGUAAGUCUGGGGCAAGAGCCAGUGAAAAGGGGGGGGGGCUUGUUAUUAGGUUUUGGCACAAGACCUGGUUAGGCCAAAGAGCCCAAAAUUUGUUCUCUGUUGCUUAUGUGAAGAGCUCUUCAUUUAAAGUCACACAAUCUCACUGCAGCGAGCUAAUGGGUUGCGUGGACAGAUGCACACCCUGGCAUUUAACACGCCAACACCUGAGAGUGUUUGGAAGACAAUCAGCAGUAAAAAUGUAAUGUUCAAUCUGGAUUUUUAUGGUGGAUAAUCAGGACUGAUGAAGUAGAGGGUACAUUAAAGUGCAGCCGAGCGGUCAGCCCCAAUCUGCGUUCCUGCUCUGCACCUCUCCCCUGUGUGCCCGUGUGCAGUCGUAUUCAGUGCCGCCGUCCAACGGCUGUCUGGGUCACUAUAGCAAACAAACAUGCAGUUUUAUGUCGGAUGCUGUCCUUAUAUGAAGCUCCAGAAUGGACAAUGAGUGCUGCUGGAUGACAUAAUUUCAAUAAUCUUACAUUUUGCUGAUAUACGGGCAGAGGCUGUAAAAUUGUGCCAUGAGCUUCUGGCAGCACUCGUCUGUUUUUUCCCCGAUUUCAUUAUACCAGGCAGGUGCCUCUUAAACUGCCACACGUCAGUGUCCCGAAAGCAACAUUUGAAUCGAAAGAAGCUAAUAAAAUAGUUCAUUUUUUUGGCUCUGCCUGAUGCCCAUUAGUUCAAAGUGAAUGUGUAUUUUAAGUCUGGUACUGUAUCCUGGUUGACAAAAUGAAAUCAGAAGCAUUUGCUUCCCCUCGUCCUCUGCCCUUUUAUGCGUGAUGCUCCUGCACUUUGUUAACGAGACAAUAGAUGGCUUUGCAGUAUUUAAAUCAGUUAUGUCUAAUUAUUUCAUACAAAAAUAGCCUAUCUAGGACAAAGCCAAUGAGAUGUAACAUUGUCUGUGGAAGGGGGACCUGGCGGAGUUGGCGUGAGUUCAGCUGAACAGAACAGAACAGAGAGAAUACGCUGUAGGCAACAUAAAUAUAACAUGAACUCUCUGGGCCUGUGACAGUACGAUCGGGGAGUGUUUAAGAGCGCUUUUUGGGAGCUACAUCGUCCAAUAGACGGUUGUCACACGAGAAAAGCACACCUACUGUAUAUGUGCGGACGGAGCGGAGACGAGAAAGGACAAAACGAUGUUAGGUUCUUGCGAAAUCUUAAAUAAUUGUUGCAUGAAUAAUUUAAACGCGUCGAUCUACAAGCAUCCCUGCUGCGUUAAGAAAAAGCGUUUCGAGGCUAUUUUAAAUAAGGUGCGAAAAUGCGUCCUCGCAAUGUCCAUUUAAACAUCUGAGAUGCGACAACUACAUUUACACGUUUCAUUUCAGAUUUGUUCAAGCUCAUUUAAAUAGUAGCAAUUUUUCAAAUAGCUGAAAACCAUCCAAGCGCAUCGGAAAUAUUUGCCACUCAUUAAAAUCUUCCUAAAAUAGAAGCGGUGUCAGUUCCGAACAGGACCAGCACAUUUGCAGUUCGCACCUCUUUUUCUCCAGCGUCUUAAUUAAUUUCAUCCACAUGUCUUGUAAGUCUUAUUCUCAACUAUUCAUUGUUGCAAAAGAAAAAUGCAAAUCCGCAGAAAGAUGACAGAGGGUGUAAUCACUUGCUAUGUGAUUUCACAAUGGCACUCUUUCAGACCAUUCAAGUCUCGGCUGUCCUUGACCCUUAAGGAGCUUGUAAUGUGGGCUAUUUUCCUCCUUUGAAUUUAUCCGAGAAAAGGGGACCACUGCGGUGAGCUUUUGCCCCUUCGUGCCAGCGGCCUCUCUCUAUGGGAUGCAAGAAACGCGUUUAAAAGCGGUCUCCAGGCGCGCGCUCAUUUCAAGGGGAGUUCAGACGAGACAAGAGGGGCCCCGGUCCUCCGCAGGGGGUCAAUUUUAAAGGCCGCUCCGUGACUCGACGGGGUGUCUGGCUCAAUCUGCAGGACAUCCCGCUGACCAAGACAGGGAGCCCACCGUCCAUGACAACGGCCGAGCAGCUCCGACGCACCGCGCGUGAGAAUAGAGAACAAAGCGCGCGUGUGAUUUUGACCAUUUCUUUGGUUGAUUUUUGCCUGAAACGAGCCUGUUUCUAGGAUUGGAGCACAUGCAGACGGCCAGACAGACACUGCGGGGACUGUAAAUUCAAUAGAAAAGGCCUGAUGUAGCCAAGUACGCAACAAGCAUCCGAGAUAAAUGUUUUUUAAGCAAACACAAAUCAUAUUCCGUAAUAACAAUAAUCAAAUAAACUACGCAUUUCAUCAUAUAUGUCAAACAUGAUUGUUGUGCACAACACAUAUUUCCCAUAAUAAUAAUUGUUUCCCAAACAUGCAGUUUACCGAUUCAGGCAUCAUUACGUUGGCAAUAUUUUAGAAAAUAUUUUAUCUACCAAACUGAGGCGAUCCUUUAACCCCAGACGUACUCGAAAAUAAACUUCAAAUUCAAUAUUUACCGCCUGGCGUAUCGAAAAGAAGACGCAACCAAAAUAUCCUAAAUCAGAGGUAAAUGCUAAAACCCCAAAAUACUCGUAUUGUCAUAGUAUCCAAUCGACAGUUAAACGCUGGAGUGAACCCAAGAUGAUGGCACCGGUACAAGAAGUAAAGAGGGCAAGGACCGUAAAAAAACCUUGAAUCCAGUCCGUCUUUUUUCUUGCACGCUGCAGAGUUUCCUCGAUGCUCCGUGUUUUGGCCCCGAUCCGUGCUCCAAGUUAAGCUGUAGUUUCCAUGGCUGACCAUGGUUUGGUGCUGUUGGCUCUCUCUGUCUGCUCAACCCAGGCUGUGCGGAGCUCCCUGCGGGAUCAGAGCGCUCCCCCGCCGGGACCCUACUCUCACAUCCUCCUGCUGGGACACGGCUACAUUUCCAGCCAAGCCUGGCUUUAUUAUGUGUGUCUGCGCUGCAGCCCCGCCAGCAGUCGGAACGGGAGGCGGAGGGAAGACCAGAGUCAGGACAAAGAAAAAGGCAGAGAGAGGCUAGCGACUAGAAAUAUAUACGGCAUUUAGGACGUAAAGGGGAGAUAAACACGAAGAAGAAAAAUCCCCGCAGGUAAAAAAAAUGCUGCGUAAAAUGGCAUUGAGAGUGCCACCUUCCGAAAAAUAAGAGCGCAAAGGAGGGCGGUUCGGCGUUCGGGAUCAGAAACGAAAAAAGACAGUUCCGACAACUACAAAAACAGAAUCUCAAGAGGAACGCGAGGAAGAAAAACAUUUAAAGCAAAUCCUAAACAUUGAUCAAGUGCGGUUACCACAUUGUCGGGAAGUAUCGGCACCUCUCGCCACCGAUCAGGUGUGAAUGCUGUGAUUUGGGCACGCUGCGCUUCUUGAAACUCUGAGUGUGCGCCCGCACCGUUACGGAGGAACAAAAGAGCGUUCACGUUUCGAGCACGGGAAAACGCACAAGUUAUUCGUUAAAUCCACAGGUUGAGUCGCGCGACUGGAGAAGUUCAAUCGUAGGAAUAUCCGGGCGCUGCGUCUCGUACCAUUGCUCUACUCUCUCUUCCUUUGAAUGCUUUAGGACUAUCGAGACCGAAGUUGCCGCAUUGCAACAGGCAAACUGAAGAAAUCUCAGAAGUAUCAGCGCGUAACCGGCACUUGUUUAUCGGAGAGGACAAGAUACGCAUUAAAAGAAGCAAAAUAUCACCGUUAAGACGGAGAUGUCUAGACGCAAGCAGGCCAAACCGCGCUCCGUUAAAGCGGUAGAAGAGGCCGAAUCUUCAGAGUGUACCAGUGGCUGGGACUCUUCUGUUCAGACAGAUGCAACAGUAUCAGAGCGAGACUCAGAACGAAAGGAGAGCAAGGCGGCAGGAGAGGAUGGAGAACAGAGUGUGACGAGUCAUGAUGAGAGGGUGGGAGAGGAGGAUCUAGAUGAUGACUCUAUCUUCACCUGUGACAACUGCCAACAGGACUUUGAGUGCCUGGCAGAGCUGACCGAGCACCGUACCAACCACUGCCCAGCAGAUGGUGAUGAUGACCCGGGGCUCUCCUGGGUGGCGUCCUCUCCCUCUAGCAAAGACGUGGCAUCGCCGUCACAGAUGCUAGGGGAUGGCUGCUGCGAUAUGGGCAUGGGCACAGGGGAGGAAGAAGGGGGCUCUGGCCUGCCUUAUCCCUGCCAGUUCUGCGACAAGUCCUUCAGUCGCCUCAGCUACCUGAAGCGCCACGAGCAGAUCCACAGUGACAAGCUGCCCUUCAAGUGCACCUUCUGCAGUCGUUUGUUCAAGCAUAAACGUAGCCGAGAUCGCCACGUCAAGCUGCACACCGGUGACAAAAAGUACAGCUGCCAGGAGUGCGAGGCAGCUUUUUCACGAAGCGAUCAUCUUAAGAUCCACCUCAAGACGCACAGCUCCAGCAAACCAUUCAAAUGCAGUAUUUGCAAGCGGGGCUUUUCUUCCACCUCCUCUCUGCAGAGCCACAUGCAAGCGCAUCGGAAGAACAAGGAACAUCUGGCAAAGAAAGAUCAGGGGAAACGUGAUGGAUCUAACAGUGAUGUAGCUGACCAGGACCAGGAUCUGUACAUGUGUGAUUACUGUGAGGAAACUUUCAGUCAGACAGAUGAACUUGAAAAACAUGUACUGACGCAGCACCCGCAGCUCUCAGACCGUGCAGAACUGCAAUGCAUCCACUGCCCUGAAAUAUUCACUGAUGAAGGCACUCUACUCACCCAUAUUGACAGAACACACGCCAACAAGAAACACAAAUGCCCAAUGUGUGCCGAGCAGUUCUCAUCUGUAGAGGACGUCUAUUGCCAUCUUGAUAGUCACCGGCAGCCGGACUCCAGCAUCCAUAGUGCCAGUCCUGACCCAGUGCUGGGUAGCGUGGCGUCUAUGAGCAGUGCUACACCUGAUUCCAGUGCCUCCUUGGAGAGAGGGUCGACCCCAGACUCUACCCUGAAACCUGGACAGAGCAGACGUAAGCUUGCACCAUCUUCUGACCAUGAUGACGGAAGCUGGUCAGGCAAAGUGACCUACAGUUGUCCAUAUUGCUCAAAGAGAGAUUUUAACAGCCUGGCUGUCCUGGAGAUUCAUCUGAAGACCAUCCAUGCAGACAAACCUCAGCAGAGCCACACCUGCCAGUUCUGUCUAGAAACCCUGCCUACUCUCUAUAACCUCAAUGAGCAUGUUCGAAAAGCACAUCGAUCCAGCGGGAGCUCUGCAUCUAACUUUCCCCUUCUGCAGUUCAGUAACAUUUCAGCCUUUCAUUGCAACUACUGUCCUGAUAUGUUUGCAGACAUCAACACCCUGCAAGAGCACAUCCGUGUUUCUCACUGCUUACCUGGAGGUGUGGUUGCUGGAUCCACCACUUUGGAGGGCAACCAUGCUUUCUUCUGCAACCAGUGCUCUAUGGGCUUCCUUACAGAGUCGUCCCUCACCGACCACAUUCAGCAGACCCAUUGCAACAGUGGUAGUGGAGUAACCAAGAUGGAGUCCCCAGUUUUACAGCCCUCACAGUCUUUCAUGGAGGUAUACUCUUGCCCCUACUGCACCAACUCUCCCAUCUUUGGCUCUCUCCUCAAACUCACUAAACACAUCAAGGAAAAUCACAAGAACAUCCCACUCGCCAAUAACAAGCGCAAAGUCAAAGUGGCAGACUUGAGCCCGGCCUCAUCGGAUGUGGAGAUAUCCUCCCCUAAACGUCAUCGAGUAACUGGGGAUACUACUCCAGCUGUUGCUAAUGGAGACUAUCCCUGCAAUCAGUGUGACCUUCGAUUCAAUAGCUUUGAGGGUUUCCAAGCCCAUCUCAAGUCCCAUCUGGAACUGCUGCUGAGGAGACAGUCAUGCCCGCAGUGCAACAAAGAGGACUUUGAUUCCCAAGAGGCAUUGCUUCAGCACUUGACUAUUCACUACACCACCACCUCCACACAGUAUGUUUGUGAGAGCUGUGACAAACAGUUCUCUUCUGUUGAUGAUCUACAAAAGCACUUGUUAGACAUGCAUACCUUUGUGCUGUACCACUGCACGCUGUGUCAAGAAGUCUUUGAUUCCAAGGUGUCCAUCCAAGUUCACCUGGCCGUCAAGCACAGCAACGAGAAGAAAAUGUACCGUUGCACUGCAUGUGCUUGGGACUUCCGAAAAGAGAGUGAUCUGCAGUUACAUGUGAAGCACAGUCAUUUGGGUCAUUCGACUGGACCAGCGGCAACUGGAAAAGCACGGAAGUGCAUAUUUUGUGGUGAAUCCUUUUGCACGGAAGUAGAACUACAGUGCCAUAUCACUACCCACAGUAAAAAGUAUAACUGCCGCUUGUGUGGGAAGGCCUUCCAGGCUAUUGCCCUGUUGGAGAGACAUCUCAGAGAGAAGCACUGCAUUUUCGAUGGAGGAAAUGGCAAUGGAAAUGGAGGGAGCCAAAAUGGCACACCCAACGGGGUGACUCAAAAUUCUAAACGUUCAGCAGCAGGAUCGACUGUAGCCACUGAGCAGGCGGAUUUGCAGAACAUGCUUUUGAAAGGAGGCGGUCAGGAAACGGCCAACAGCCAUGAAGCCAGUGGUGGCGAAGAGGAGUUGGAUGCCUCAGAACCAAUGUAUGCCUGUGACAUCUGUGGUGCUGCCUAUACCAUGGAGUCUCUGCUCCAAAAUCACCGCCUUAGAGACCACAACAUUAGACCAGGUGAUGAUGAUGCAGGGACAAGAAAAAAGAAGGCAGAUUUCAUUAAGGGUAACCACAAGUGCAAUGUUUGCUCACGGACCUUCUUUUCAGAGAAUGGCUUGAGGGAACACGCCCAAACGCACCGUGGCCCAGCAAAACACUACAUGUGCCCCAUCUGCGGUGAACGUUUCCCUUCACUGCUUACUCUCACGGAGCACAAGGUCACCCACAGCAAGAGCUUGGACACAGGGACCUGCCGUAUCUGCAAGAUGCCCCUGCAGAGUGAGGAGGAGUUUAUCGAGCACUGCCAGAUGCACCCGGACCUGAGGAACUCCCUCACAGGCUUCCGCUGUGUUGUCUGUAUGCAAACUGUCACCUCAACAUUGGAACUAAAGAUCCAUGGAACUUUUCACAUGCAGAAGCUCUCUUCCUCUAGCGUCAGUGGUGGAGUAGGAGGAGGAUCAGCCUCAUCGUCUCCCAAUGGCCUGCUGCAGACCUACAAACUUUAUAAAUGUGCCCUUUGUCUCAAAGACUUCAGGAAUAAGCAGGAGCUGGUCAAGAUAGACGUCAAUGGCCUGCCUUAUGGCCUUUGCGCUGGCUGCAUGAGUCGGGGCACAAAUGGCCAAUCCCCAAGUGUUGUUGUCACCCCACAAGAGGCUGGGGAGAAGCACUCAUCUGGACUUCGGUGCCCAGAGUGUGCAGUAAAAUUUGAGACCGUGGACGACCUAGAAAACCAUGUUCAGAUGGAUCAUCCAGAGAUGAGCCCUGAGACCAGUGGAGCCAAGAAAGUAACAGAUGCUUCACCUAUCCCUAAAAAGAAGACGUAUCAGUGCAUCAAAUGCCAAAUGACUUUCGAGACGGAACGAGAGAUCCAGAUCCACGUUGCCAAUCAUAUGAUCGGAGAGCCCGCCCAGCUGCAAGAGGAAGGCAUCAAUCAUGAGUGCAAGCUGUGUAACCAGAUGUUUGACUCUCCGGCCAAGCUCCUGUGUCACCUGAUCGAGCACAGCUUCGAGGGCAUGGGAGGCACCUUCAAGUGUCCCGUCUGCUUUACAGUGUUUGUUCAAGCCAAUAAGCUGCAGCAGCAUAUCUUCGCCGUCCACGGGCAGGAGGACAAGAUCUACGACUGCUCCCAGUGUCCACAGAAGUUCUUCUUCCAGACCGAGCUCCAGAACCACACACUGAGCCAGCACGCACAGUGAGACCGGGCCCCGCAGGACUCCCGGUUCAGCCUAGAACCCCGACCCAGGCCCGGUGGGGGAGGAACAUUUCAACAUCACAGCCAAUCAAAGUGUCAUUUGCUACUCACAUGUAAAACUCUAACGAUUCCGCCACCAGGCGCAGCUAUUACGAACGGUGGGGAAUGAAUAUUAAUGGGAUAUGCUAUUAAAAAAGAAAAGGAGAGAAAAAAGGAGAUGAAGAGAAAAAGGUAUUCUACGUGCAGUAUUUUUAUCAUCCCUUCUUCCUGGUUGUGUGUUCCUUAUUUUUCCCCCAUUUUCUUUAUCGUUUUUGUUUAUUUUCGGGGACAAAAGAAAAAAAAUGGAUGGAGAAACACCCUAUGCCUGAUUUAUAUCUCUAGAAAUACAUAUCUUGUCCUCUGUUGCUUCAUGUAUCAAACUUCAUACGUGCCAAUUUUGUUCUUUUAAAUGCAUAUAUUCUCAACCCUUUUUUUAUUUGUACCAUUUAUUUCUUGCAGUAAAUAGGUACUUGUGCUGUGCUGUGAUUGCUUGCCAGUCGUAAUAUUUUUCCUUUCUAUUAUUAUUAUUGUUAUAUAUUUUCUUUUUUCUAAUUACAGUAAAAAGACAAAAAACAUAUAAAGAAAAAAGAAAAAAACAUAAUGGUUUUGAUUGGAUUUUCCAGUACAUGGGCCUUAUGGAUGUUGUAAAAAUGAAUAUCAUUGAUUUCAGUGCAACUGGAUGAUGUCUGCUUUUUAAAUGUGAAUUAACCAGAUUGCAAUAAACUAGUACAGUUGAAAAUAAACAAAUAAAUAAAUCAUGAAUAAAGGGAA